UCGAUGCCGGCGUUUUUAUCAGUCCUCUGUAAACAAUUUUUAUCAAGAGUUUUGGCUCCGUUUGCCGUGGAUUAGACAACGAUAAGGCAGCAAUUCGCCACAGCAGUAUUCCAGCGACAUCGCAAGGUUCGAGUGCUCCGCGCUUUCCUUUUACAUCCAGUGCAAAAUGCAGAAAAUUGUUUUCUUCGGCGGAACCGGCAUGACCGGUCAGUGUGCGGUGCGGUCCGCGUUGAAGAAAGGGCUCUCCGUACGGCUGCUCGUGCGUAACGAGUCAACGGUUCCGGAAGAUUUCAAGGAAAAGGUUGAGCUGCUCAAGGGUGACGUAACGAAUGCGGAGGAUGUGAAGAAGGCAGUUGAGGGCCAGGAACUCGUGUGCGUUGUGCUGGGAACUCGCAACGACCUCAAGCCCACGACGGAGAUGUCCGAUGGGAUGACCAACAUACUGGCCGCCAUGAAGGAAGCUUCGCUGAAGAAGUUCUCAGUCUGCCUGUCCUCGUUCCUCUUCAUGGAUCCGGAAAAGGUGCCGGCAAUAUUCGUAAACAUCAACGCAGAGCACAAGCGCAUGCUGGACAUGGUCAAGAACUGCGAUCUCGAGUACCGUGCCGUUCUGCCACCUCACAUCGCCGAUGAGGAACCGGCAAAGUUUGCAACGGCCUAUGAUAAAGCGCCGGGCCAUUCGCGCGCGAUUUCGAAACUCGACCUCGGCCAGUUUCUCGUCGAUUGUUUGUUCGAUGAUGAGCAUUCGCGAAAGGUUAUCGGCAUUUGUAAGAUGUAGAACGUUCCGGUGCAAAUCGCUAACCUUUCCUAGAUGGACUAUAAUUAGUUAGUCUAUGCACAGGUGAUGGACUACGGCUUGCUGCACAAAGGUAUAAUCCACGAUUUUGGAGAAUUGUAUUCAUUGCAUUUUUCAACAAAAGAGAAGUAACCUGUUCCCGUUAAGUGGGUUGUAAUGCUGGCACCCUUGAGAAAUGUUGUCUCAUUCAUUUACUUUCAAUUGCUUUGGAUUUAAAAAUAAAGAGAGCACUCUCCUCUAUCGAGGAGCAAAGUCAA